GCGUGCGUGUACCGUCAACGCUGCUCUAUAGUGACUGUUGAACUUCUCCCGGCGGCUUGGUAUUGACCGUUACCCCUGCAAACCUGGAGGCUGUGCACCAUGAGCCGCCCCGGAGAGAGCUGACGAACCGAGGCUCCGCGAGACGGCCAGUGCGCAGGCGCAGUGCGAAGCCUACGUCACUCACGUGGAGUGUUGCUCGGAGAGGCCACGUGCACGUUUUACGGUGCGCGCUCCCGCCUGUGUACCUGUUCAUGGCUGUUAAACGCUACAUGAAUGAAACUGACCAGCUGUUCGGAUGAGGCUGAAACUGCGUGAAGGAAAGGCAGCACCAGCACGUGUUUGCAGAUAAGUUUCUGCUAGACAUGACUGACGUCAAGCCCAAAGCAGAGAGCCAGCGCGAUGAGGCCGAGGGCCCGGAUGGAGGCUGGGGCUGGGUGCUGGUCGGUGCCAUGUUCGUCAGCACGAGCCUCGUGUUCGGCCUGAUGCGCAGCUUAGGGAUCUUUUUCGUGGAGUUUGUGCAGUACUUCGAUGAGAGCGCUCAGGCCAUAUCCUGGAUCUCGUCCACGGGUCUGGCAACACAGCAGUUCUUCAGUCCAUUGGGUGCAGCACUCUGUAAUGCAUACAAUGCACGGGUGGUGGUGAUGACAGGGGGCUGUCUUGCUGCACUCGGCCUCAUACUUGCCUCGCAGGCCACCUGUCUUGUUCACCUCUACCUCACUAUGGGUGUCAUUUCAGGUUUGGGCUGGGGGCUUGUCUUCACCCCCAUGGUAGCUACAGUCAUGGCUAAUUUCACCCGGCGGCGCACCCUGGCAUUGGGACUGGGGUUCUCCAGCAUUGGCCUCUCCUCCUUUGCUUUCAAUCCUCUCUUCCAGCUGUUGGUGGAAAAGUACGCCUGGCGAGGGGCCCUUCUGAUUCUGGGUGGCCUCAGCCUGAACAUUGUGCCCUGCGGGGCUCUCAUCCAUCCACAGCGACGCUCUAAAGCCCCAGCAAAGGUUGAUCCAGAGACCAAUCCACCACGUGCUUCGCUGCUGCAAAGAAUCUCCUCCUACCUGGAGCUGUCGCUGCUGUUCGAGAGGCCUUACAUCACCUACACGUUGGGCGUCAGUCUCAUGAACGUCGGCUACUUUGUGCCAUAUUUCCACCUGGUGGCCCACAGCCGCCAAGCCGGCUUCUCGGAGUACCAAGCUGCUUUUGUAAUGUCGGCAGCCGGCGCCUCAGACAUUUUGGGCCGUGUGGCGUCGGGCUGGUUCUCAGACCUGGGUCUUUUUCGGCUUAUUCAUCUACUGAGCACGUGGACCUUCCUGGCGGGAGUGUUCAUCAUGCUGCUGCCUGUGAGCUCCUUGUCUGGUUCCUACGCAGCACUGAUGGUGAUCAGCCUCCUCUACGGCUUCAGUGCCGGGGCGCUGACGUCUGUGGUGUUCGCGGUGGUGCCCUUGAUCGUGGGUGUGGAGCGCAUGAUGGGUGGCCUCGGGCUACUGCAGCUCAUCGAGAGCAGCGCGGGACUUUUGGGGACACCUCUGUCAGGGUUUCUCAAGGACGUCACAGGCAACUACGUCGCUUCCUUCAUGGUAUCGGGUGGUUUCCUCAUUCUCGCAACUUUGACCAUGGCUACCCUUCCUCACUACUUCUCCUGCAGAGAUCCACCGCCUCCACAGAAACGUACCCUCAACGACAAAGAUAAGGGUUUACAUUCAGAGUUGGAGCAGAUAAACAGUUUACCUGCUGACACGAACCGCAGAGAAGAAUUAUGAUGAUUUGUGGGAUGGCUUAAAAAUAUGCAGGACUGGGGAGAUUAAGCAUUCAAAGAGCCAUUUAAAGGAUGGUGCCUCCCUGAAGAGACCAUCAGUUAACAGGCUGCUUCACAUGUGUUUGUGUUAUACCUCAGAGAUUCAGACCCAAAGCAAAGAAAGAGGCUUACUGUGAACAUAAAGGGUCCAGUGAGUCCUCACUCUGUUACACAUUGUGACCUCAGUUAAAUGUUCAGGCCAGUACUGUCUGCCUUAAAGGAAACACUGGGCAUUUAAACACUUCAUCCAGCAACGCUCAGAUAUGUGGCUGGUUUGCAUGCACUGUACAUGCAAGAUAGGAAAUGUGAAGGAAAAUGUGAUUUGAGUUUGUUUUGUUUUUAUUAUUUCACAUGCCUUCAAGUUUGACAAGGAAAUAUGCUGACAGAAAACUGUUUCACUCUUGAUGCAAGUAAAUCAAUCAGAUUCUGCUGCUGCUCAAAUACUGACAAGCAUAUUUAAAUUUGCACACUCAGGAAUAAUCUUUAACUUUCAAUAUCCUCAUUUGAUAAUUUGUCUUUUUAAGGACACAGUACAAUAGAAACAGCCAGCGGCAUGGCUGGAUUCAUUUUCAAUGGGGCCUGUGUCCCUCCUGUCUGUGCCGAAACUACACAUGAUGAUUUUUCGCCCAGUAAACAAUCAGCACUGCCUGCUGUGUAAUGUGUGCCCAGUAGUGUAUGAUAAUUCAAAUUAAAAAUACCAUUUUAAGAACAUGCACCAUAUAUGGAAUAUGUAUUAAAUAAUAACUAGAUUUUGAUUUAAGGCCCCCUCUCAAGGCAAAAAUGCAGGACUUGUCAUAAGCCCCCUAGCAUUUCAGCUGAAGUUGUGCUUUUUAUUGGCUUAAAUUCCCAAAUUUAAACACGACAAAUAACUGUUUGUUGCUACACUACUGUGUAAUGUUUAUUUAUGAAUCAAACAAAUAGCAUUUCCUACUGAUAAGCAGCACCCCUUCUGCGUUGCUCACUGUUAACUCUGAUUUUUUUAUGAGCUGCAGACACCAGCACUGAUUCCAGCACCUCUUGUUCAGCCUCAGGUCUUUGCUUCUCCACAAGUGCUUUAUGUUACCGGGCAGGAAUACAAGUGCAUUUUCUAAUAGGCUCACAUACAAAUGUUGUACUGACCAAAACUGUUUGUAACUCAGAGAUGUUUGGCUGCGUGAACAGCAGGUUCAUAGGACAGAGGCCACACGGUCACUGUGACCUGCUCUUUACAGGCGUACUGAUUACAUGUGGCUUUUAUUAGUAUGCCACUUCCUUGUUCUGGCAGCUGCCAUAUAUUGUCAUAUUGUGAUUCAAGCUUUAAUUCAGACCUGUAACAGUCGAGUCUGGUUCCCAACCUGGCAGUCCCAGGGGCGGUUUUUAAUGACUCUUUCAUCUACCAGCAUUAUAUACAGGUUAGGGUCAGUUUCUCCCAGUAUUGAUUUGAAGUUAAUAUUCUGGUACCACGACAACCUUAAUUACAGACACUAAUGAUGCAACAUUCACGGAAUAUUAUCUGCUGGAAGAGAAAUGAAUCACAAUCGCUUCCUGCAGUCUAUCACUUCUUCUGUACUGUUAUGUAAUAUACUGUGAUAAAUCCAUAGAAUAAGUCAUUAUUAUUCAGUGGUUGUCAGUUUUGUCAAUGAGAGAAAAGGGGUCCAUUUGGUUGGGGGGGAAAAAAGGUUGGGAACCAUCGACCGAUCUUAGACAAAGAUCCAGGCUGCAACUUGACACUGUUUUAUCUUAAAAUGUGAUGUUUUGUACUCACUAUAGAUUAAAAACGGAUGUAUUUUG